GGGUGAAUCCUAUAAAUGCUCUCCACGUUCCCCGAGACGAAGAAGUCACCUCUCUCGGGACCACCAAGCGCACCCGCGAGACAUGUGUCCGUGUUGAGUGUCCGUCCCACGUCAUUACCCACGGGUGACCAAAGUUUUUCGGUUCACAGAGGCCGGAAAAGACCAAAAAAAAAAAAAGUAGAAAUAACUAGAUCGCGACCACGGAGGAUGCGAAUCCUGUGGAUUGCCACAAUAGUGGCAGUGCUCUCCACACACCAUGCGCAAGCAUCGAGUGAGAAGAGCAAAAGAGCGAUAGCAAGCAACGGAGGCUAUGUAUAUCCGCAACCAGAUGUGAUAUUCACGUUACCAACACAAACACCGACAGUAACAUCGCCAAUACCAUACAGGACACCAAGCACAUCACGUCCUACAUCAUAUUCAUAUUCAACACCUCCGACAUUUACAACACCACGUACACCGCCUUAUUCUUAUCAAACUCCACCACGACCAACAGUAACUCAGACAGUAUCUUAUGUUCCACCAAGCACUGAUCGCCCUAGAACAACACCGGGAUUUACACCUCGGCCAACGCAGCCAAGGCCUUCUCCAGGAUAUGACUAUCAAGUACCUGAAAAGCCACUUACGCUGCCACCUUAUCGACCACCUCCAUCUCCGCAGCCACCAAGGACUCCACCGCCGCCACCAUAUGGGCCACCGUCUCCGCCACAGACACCAAGACCUCCUACGCCACCACCAUAUCGGCCUCCGUCUUCUCCGCAAACACCAAGACCUCCUACUCCACCGCCAUAUGCACCUCCAACUUCUCCACAAAGACCACCGUAUGAGCCUCCAUCUCCACCACCAAGACCUCAUACUCCGCCAUCAUAUGGACCUCCAACUUCUCCACCAAGACCACCAUAUGAACCUCCUUCUCCUCCAUCUAGACCACCGUAUGAGCCUCCAUCUCCUCCACCGAGACCUCCUACUCCGCCACCAUAUGGACCUCCAUCUCCUCCACAAACAUCAAGACCUCAUACUCUACCACCAUAUCGACCUCCAUCUCCUCCACAAACACCAAGACCUCCUACGCCACCUCCCUAUGGACCUCCAACACCUCCACAAAGACCACCGUAUGAGCCUCCGUCUCCUCCACCAAGACCUCCUACCCCGCCACCAUAUGGACCACCACCUUCUCCACCACAGACACCAAGACCUCCUACUCCACCACCGUAUAGACCUCCAUAUACUGCGCAACCAGCACGACCGCCAUCAACUGGUUAUUCUUAUCCAACACCAUCACCACCAUUUACACAUCCACCUCCUCCACCGUCAAGACCAACACCACCACCUGGACCAUCAACACCGUAUUUACCUCCCUCACCACAACCGCCGAGAACACCGCUACCACCUUUACCUCCACAAACUCCAAGACCACCUUCACCACCGGGACCACCGGUGACACCAUAUUUACCGCCUUCGCCACCACAACCACCGACUCCAAGACCUCCAUCACCACCACCAAGGACUCCAGCACGACCACCACCUCUGCCUCCUCAACCACCUCAAACUCCAAGGCCACCCGCCCCGCCCCAGCCUCCAAGAACGUCACCUCAACCUCUACCUGGGCCACAUUUUCCACCUUCUCCACCAGGGUAUUUACCCCCACCACCAAAAACCCCAGCACCUCCAAUACCUAGACCCCCACCUCCACCACGACCACCAACACCACCACCAUAUGUACCACCACCUCCUCCACAGCCACCGAGAACUCCAUCACCACCGCCGUAUGUACCUCCAACUCCUCCACCUAGGCCUCCAACUCCACCACCCUAUGUACCUCCAACUCCUCCACCUAGACCUCCAACUCCACCACCAUAUUUACCUCCGUCUCCUCCACAACCACCUAGACCUCCAACUCCACCACCCUAUGUACCUCCAUCUCCUCCUCAACCACCAAGACCGCCAACUCCACCACCCUAUGUACCUCCGUCUCCUCCUCAGCCACCAAGACCGCCAACUCCACCACCGUAUGUACCUCCGGCUCCACAACCACCAAGACCGCCAACUCCACCACCAUACGUACCUCCGGCUCCACAACCACCAAGACCGCCAACUCCACCACCAUACGUACCUCCGGCUCCACAACCACCAAGACCGCCAACUCCACCACCAUACGUACCUCCGGCUCCACAACCACCAAGACCUCCAACUCUACCGCCAUACGUACCUCCGGCUCCACAACCACCAAGACCGCCAACUCCACCACCAUACGUACCUCCAUCUCCUCCUCAUCCACCAAGACCUCCAACUCCACCACCAUACGUACCUGUUCCACCAAGAACUCCAUCUCCUUAUCCUAGGCCAUCAACGCAAGGCAGCUCAUAUUUACCACCAGAACAAUCUACUACCGGAAUUUUUACGAGACCGAGUAUAGUUACGACACAUAGAACUCCGUCUACCGUUUACCCAACACCGAGUGUAAUUACAACACAUAGGACUCCAGCUACUUUUUACCCGACUUCAAGUGUAAUUACAACAGAUAGGACUCCGCUUACAUCAAGGUUCACAACACCUUACCAACCUUCGUCCUACCAACCUUCCCCAGAAAUACCAAGUACGCGACCUCCACCGUAUCUACCACCCUCUACUCCCUCUACGCCACGCGUCACGGUAACACCACCGUCUCCACCUACGCCAAUUUACACCAUCGAACCCACUUCGACUAUCUAUACUCCACCACCGACGGGUGAACCUGCUCCACCACCAACUCUACCACCAACCACGAAGAGGCCUGAUGGUUAUUUCUACCCCAUACCAGAGAACCCACUGGAAUUACCACCCUUCGUGCGAUGAAGUGGGGCAAUUUAGUUGAUCUGACAGUCGCAAAUUACUUUUUUUCGUUCUCUUUUUGUAAUUUUUAUAUGUAUAGUGUAAAAUGCUAUUUAUGGAUCGUCAUGAGAAACAAUAAGCAAUCGGUAAAAAUAAAGCGAUAAAAUAACUGUAUAUACCAUAUCCAGUUACUCUUGUCAAAUUCGUGUAUCUAGAGCGGUAACUAUUGCUAGUGUAACAGUUGCUUCGAACGAACUUGUGAAACAGUUAGUUUCCUAUUGAAACGAGUAAUAAUUGAUUUAUAAAUAAAGCCGAUGAAUGCUGUGUUACAUUUGUAUGGAAAAAAGAAAAUUACUACGAAGAUGAAAUAGAUGCACCCUGUACAUCUAACACACGCAUACUAUAGAAGGAAUAAAAAAAAAUUUGUAUAAACAGUG